AUGGGCUUUCUCUUUCUCCUCAGUUGCCUCCUCCGCUUGGCAUUUGGGAGUGCCCCGAGUGCCAGACCGGUAACUCGAGCUUCCAAAUUAAUCAAAACACACAGCGCCCCAGGCAGACGAGCCCGGGAGCCAGACAAACUCUCCUCUGGUGACCCCCCGGGCCACAGCUCCCCAGCCCGGUCCGCCACCCCUUGGAAACCACGCUUCCUCCACUGCCACCCCCGCCCCAUCUUCUCCCAGGCAGGUGCUCCGGGCCCGGGGGCAGCGGUUGCCCAGCCUGGGGCGCCUUACCUCGGGGGACGCCCGCAGCUCCCGAGUUGCCGCCUCUCCCGCCAGCCAGACGCACACCUCUCGGCUCCGCCUCGUCCGAAUCCACCCCGACCAGCUGCCUCUUCCCGGCGCUCUCACGGCCAAGUCCGGCUGCAGUGGGAGGCGGGCUGGCGAGGGGAACGCGGCCAGAUGCACGGCCGCGGGCGCUGCGAGCAAGCGGGGCCUCCCGAGUGCAGGCGCCCAGCGCGCCUCCCGCUUAAUCUGGGCAGGGCCGCUGGCCACUCCCUCCACCCUGCGCAGCCACCUCCCCACCGCACACCCCGAAAUUCCCCCCUCCAACCUGCACCCCCACAUCCCUCCUGGGCCCCGAGACCUCGGGAGCAUCCCCUCCUAGGACCCUCGCCCUGGAUCCGCGCCCACCUGUCCCGCAGGCGCCCAGCCCUUCCUCGCCUCCUGGGCACGAUGCCCGGGAUCGAAGGGACACUGCCCGCCACAACCAAAAAGCCUGGGUGGGGAGGGACGGACCGCGCGACUGAGCCCUACAAAACCCGCCCUGACCGGCCAGCGAGGCGAACUUCGCAGCCGGGGCUCCCCAACCCGCGCCGCGCAGGGGACGCGGUGGCCCGAGAGCCUGCGGGUCCCUGGACGCGCCGGGGCCCUAAGUGGGAGCCCACCAUGCGCCCCAGGACGGCGCCCAGGCCGCCGGUGCUGCAGCUGUCGCUCCUGCUGGUGCUCCUGGCGGCGGCGCCUGCGGCCAGCAAGGGCUGUGUAUGUAAAGACAAAGGCCAAUGCUUCUGUGAUGGGGCCAAAGGCGAGAAGGGGGAGAAAGGCUUUCCCGGACCCCCUGGUUCUCCUGGCCAAAAAGGAUUUCCAGGUCCUGAAGGCUCGCCUGGACCAGAAGGAUUCAAGGGCUCUCCAGGACUUCCAGGACUCACUGGUCCCAAAGGCGUAAGGGGAAUCACUGGAUUACCAGGAUUUUCUGGUUCUCCUGGACUUCCAGGCACCCCGGGCAAUCCUGGGCCUUAUGGACUUGCUGGUUUACCAGGAUGCAAUGGUUCUAAGGGUGAGCAAGGGUUUCCGGGACUUCCAGGGACAUCAGGCUACCCAGGGAACCCAGGUGCUGCUGGUUUGAAAGGACAAAAGGGUGCUCCUGCUAAAGGAGAAGAUACAGAACUUAGGGCAAAAGGUGACCCCGGGUUGCCAGGGACUCCAGGAUCCCAGGGUUUGCCAGGCCCUCCAGGUUUUCCUGGGCCUAUGGGCCCACCUGGCCCUCCAGGAUUCUUUGGCUUUCCAGGAGCCAUGGGACCUAGAGGACCUAAGGGUCAUAUGGGCGACAAAGUGAUAGGACAAAAAGGAGAACCGGGUGUGAAAGGACUAACUGGACCCCCGGGACCACCAGGAACAGUUGUUGUGACCUUAACUAGCCCAUAUAACAGAACGGAGCUCAAGGGGGAGAAGGGAGACAAGGGAGCGAUGGGCGAAGCUGGACCUCCUGGAACCUCAGGAUCGCCUGGAGAAUCCUAUGGAACUGUGAAGGGUGCUGCUGGGGAACCUGGCCCACAGGGCAAACCUGGAAAAGAUGGUGCCCCUGGCUUCCCUGGCAUUGAGGGAGCCAAGGGCAACAGGGGUUUCCCAGGAUUAACAGGUGAAAAUGGCAUUAAGGGAUGGAAAGGAGACACUGGCCCUCCAGGAUUUCGUGGUCCAACAGAAUAUUAUGAUGCAUACCAGGAAAAGGGAGAUGAAGGAAUUCCAGGUCCACCAGGGCCCAAAGGAUCUCAAGGCCCACAGGGUCCUAGUGGUCCCCCCGGAGCUCCUGGAAGUCCUGGACCAUCAAAGCCUGGACUCAGAGGAGCCCCUGGAUGGCCAGGCUUGAAAGGAAGUAAAGGAGAACAAGGACCCCCAGGACAGAAUACCAUGGGGCCUCCUGGGUCCCCAGGUUGUCCUGGUUCACCAGGACCCACAGGAUUGCCAGGACCUCCAGGACCACCAGGUGACAUCAUUUUUCGCAAGGGUCCACCUGGAGAUGAUGGACUGCCAGGCUAUAUAGGGCCUCCAGGAGUCCCAGGAUUUGACGGGCCCAAAGGAGAACCAGGCUUCCCGUGCACACAGUGUCCUUAUAUCCCAGGGCCUCCCGGUCUCCCAGGAUUGCCAGGGUUAGAUGGCAUCAAAGGAAUUCCAGGAGGACAAGGUACCGCUGGUGAGAAAGGAAGCCCAGGGUCCCCAGGAAAUGUAGGGUUUCCAGGAUUUCCAGGAUUCCCAGGUGCUCAGGGUGCUCCAGGACUCAAAGGAGAACGAGGUGAAAAAUUUCAGCCUGAGGGGCACGUGGGUGCCCCAGGGGAUCCGGGGCUCAGAGGGCUACCUGGGAGAAAGGGCUUGGAUGGAAUUCCUGGAACUCCUGGAGGGAAAGGAUUACCAGGACCUAAAGGCGAACCGGCCCUGAGUGGUGAGAAGGGGGACCAGGGUCCUCCAGGGGAUCCGGGCUGCCCUGGGUCCCCAGGACCUGCAGGACCAGCUGGACCACCUGGCUAUGGACCCCAGGGAGAGCCUGGUCCAAAGGGCACCCAAGGAGUUCCUGGAGACCCUGGACCACCUGGAGAAGCCGGUCCUAGGGGAGAAUUCAGUGUUUCAACACCAAUUCCAGGCCCCCCAGGACCUCCAGGGCCCCCUGGUCAUGCUGGCCCCCAAGGUCCACCUGGUAUCCCUGGAUCCAUUGGAAAGUGUGAUCCUGGUCUUUCUGGACCUGAUGGUAAACCAGGAAUUUCAGGAAUUGGAUUUCCUGGGCCUCCUGGACCUAAGGGAGACCAAGGUUUGCCAGGAACAAAAGGAUUACUGGGUUGUCCUGGAAAAAUGGGAGAGCCUGGGUUACCAGGGGAGCCAGGCCGCCCAGGAGCCAAGGGAGAACCAGCACUAUCCAUGCCUGGAGAACCAGGAACACCAGGUUUUCCAGGAGAAAGAGGGAAUCCUGGGGAACAUGGAGAAAUUGGACUCCCUGGACUUCCAGGUCUCUCUGGAAUUCCAGGAAAUGAAGGGCUUGAUGGGCCACGAGGCGAUCCAGGGCAGCCUGGACCACCUGGAGAUAAAGGACCUCCAGGAAAGUGCAUAGAGGGGCCCAGGGGAGCCCAAGGACUUCCAGGCUUAAAUGGACUCAAAGGGCAACAAGGCAGAAGAGGCAAAACAGGGCUGAAGGGAGACCCAGGGAUUCCUGGCUUGGAUAGGUCAGGAUUUCCUGGGGAACCUGGACUACCAGGAAUGCCCGGUCAUCCAGGUGAGAUGGGACCACCUGGUCGGAAAGGAUAUCCAGGAAAUCCCGGAUUUUUAGGGGCACCAG